AUGAAGUUCACAGGAUUGUUUUCCAGUUGUCUCUUGGUUCUGUCCACCUCGGCGGGGACCCAAGCCUUUGUGCUGCCCAACAAAAGCAUUUUAAAAUCGGUAGAACUUUUGGCCAUGGACAUUGGAAUGGAAAGUCGAUUGGAUGGUAUCCAACGAUCUUACAAUGCCUUGACCGAGCGAUUGGGAGAUCCCGAUGUGAUUGGCGACUCCAAAUUGCUACAAAAAGUAAUGUCGGACAGAGCCCAAAUUGAAGAAACGGUCUUGGCGUACGAAGAGUACUGUCGUUUGAAGGAAGAAUCGGCAGGUGCCAAGGAACUCUUUCAAGAGGCUGGUGAUGAUCCAGAAUUGAAAGAAAUGGCACGAGCGGAAAUGAAGGAGAUUGAACCUCAGUUGGAUGAGCUCGAAGAAAAGAUGAAGGUUCUGCUUCUUCCAAAGGACCCAAAUGAUGAUCGUAAUAUCAUGCUUGAAAUUCGUGCCGGAACUGGUGGAUCAGAAGCUUCUAUUUUUGCUGGAGAUUUAGUAGAUGUCUACCGCAAGUACAUUAACUCUCAAGGGUGGCAAGCUAAGAUUAUUGACGAAUCCAGUGGAGAUGAUGGAGGUUUCAAAAACAUUGUCAUGCAAGUAAAUGGUGACAGUGUCUACUCCAAAAUGAAAUGGGAAGCCGGUGUGCAUCGAGUCCAACGUGUGCCAGCGACCGAAUCGCAAGGCCGUGUGCACACUUCCACAGCGACCGUUGCCAUUAUGCCAGAGUGUGACGAUGUCGAUGUCAAUAUCGACGCCAAGGAUAUUGAAAUGUCCACCAUGCGAUCCGGUGGUGCUGGAGGACAGAAUGUCAACAAAGUUGAAACAGCUGUUGAUUUGCUGCACAAACCAACAGGCAUCCGAAUCAAGUGUACACAAGAGCGAUCUCAAUUAAAAAAUAAAGAGUUGGCGAUGCAGAUGCUCCGAAGCAAAUUGUUUGACAUGGAAAACGAAAAGCGAGAAAUGGAAGAGCGUGCUCGAAGAGGGUCUCAAGUUGGAACGGGCGGUCGAUCCGAAAAGAUCCGAACCUACAACUGGAAGGAUUCUAGAUGCAGUGAUCACAGAAUUGGACAGAAUUAUCCUCUUUCUCAAUUUCUGAAUGGUGACAUUGAUCCCAUGAUUAGUGCUAUGAUCAUGAAGGAUCAAGAAGAAAAGCUCAAGGAAUUGUCAGAAGAAUCUGCUGCUAGCUAA